AGUCGUGGUGCACUGGCUAGAACGAGAAAUAGCCCAAAUGGGCCCACCGACGGAGAUCGAUUCUAGACCGACCGAGCAUCAAGCGAACGCUUUACCACUUUACCGCUUUACCCGUCCCAAUAUGAACUAGCACAUCCCGGGCCUGACUAUACAACAUAACAACGUCAGCAACAGCAGUAGGUUAGCAGAUUGGCGGAUCACUGUGUGGACCAGAACAACGUGUAUGUGUUGCCGUGACCUGCGCGAUCCCCGGAUCUGUCGCCCAUAGAUUCUUAAGGACCGAGAUGGUUUGACGUCUCUGAUGUUUUGACAGCGAUUCACGAGUGCAUGUCAUCACAGCUAUAUUUAUUCCAUUGCGCGCUUUUGGUUUUAUUUAGUAUGGGAGUGGCAGUUCUCUUUUUGAAGAUGCAAGAAACGUAUUUUCCAGUACAUGAUCUACACGGGAGUGACUGUCCUCCUAUAGACGAGGCACUAGAUAAAGAUGCAUAGCUUCAAUCCCUAUUUUUGACACAUACCUAUUCGACUGUAUUAUACAGAAAUACGGUCUUGAUUGCGAAAAACUGUUUUGUCGUUCAGAUGUUUGCCUAUGCUUCCGACAGCGCUCCUCCAAGAACUGCGAUAGAUACGUGCCCGGAUAUUGGACACUAUCUUACAAGUCCUGCAUGCAAGGUGUGAUCGGUUCCACAAGAAGAAUGGUGAGCUGUUUACAACCAUGCACAUGACACCCAUUUGCCCUACUGAAGUGUGAAGCAACAUUUUUAGUGUGGGCGACUUCCCUGAAUUUGACCUGAAGUUUUUUUUCCCACUGUAUCGCCAUGGGACGUAUUCUAUUUGCAAGAAUCAACUUUCCUUUACGUGAUUAAAAACAUAUUUACUUCUGUGUGAACGAUUUUCUCAUGUUAUUUAUUUUGUCACGUUACAGAAACUUUUGGCGUCGAGUAUAUUAACAUUUGAUCAAAGUCUAAGAUACACGGAUAUUUGGUCGACGUCCUUGUCCCACUGCUAUUGCAGGCCUACAGACUUCAGCCUCGCACGAAGACAAAAAACGCAUGACCGAAAUCACAAUACAGCGAUGUCCACAAAGAAAAGUAUUCAUAUCAACGUUGCCAUAUUUGGUCUGGGACGCAUAGGAAGACGCCAUUUGCAAGGUCUGGCGAGAACAUUCCGAGUGAACAUCAAAUGGAUCGUUGACGAUAUUUCCCUCCAUGACGACAUACGAACAUUACUACAAAAAUACAGACUGGAACACGUGACCCGAUUGGCGUCACUGGAAGAUGCGGACAUCGUUCACUUGGACACAAGUGUCGAAGUUGUAUUUGUGUGCACACCGACAUGGCAGCACGAAGACAUUGUCAAGAAAGCUUUGACUACAGGAAAACAUGUCUUUUGCGAGAAACCUGUUGCCCUGACUGUGGAGACAGUCGAAUAUUGCUAUGCCUUAGCGAAAGAGAACAAUCGCAUUUUGUUCUGCGCUUUCAAUAAGCGAUUCGAUCCUGAUUUCGAUGUAAUUUACAAAAAGAAACAAAAUGGCGAUCUAGGCAAAGUUCGACAACUCAUCAUGAUAUCAAGAGACCCACCAGUACCGAUCAGUUACAUCAAGGUGUCAGGUGGAAUAUUUUACGACUCGUGUAUCCACCAGCUGGACUACGUGUGUUACUUUCUAGGCGAGCGCCCCCUUACGGUCGUUGCCCAUGGAAACACGACGUCACUGAAGGCCGACGACUAUCGAGACUGUAAUGACGUGGAUCUCUCGACAAUAAUUCUCACCUUCCCGAGUGGAGCCAUCGCGGUUAUUGAGACUACUCGCGAGUGCUUGCACGGGUAUGACCAGCACCUUGAGGUUCUCGGAUCGAAAGCAAUAGCCAAGUGUGGAAAUACCCCUGUGUCUGCCAGCAAAGUGUUGUUGGCUACUGGGGUAAUACAAGAUGGCUGCCCAGAUGUGUUCGCAAGAUUCGGCAAGUCGUAUGUUGUCGAGGUAGACCACUUCCUGGAUGUCGUUCAGGGUAAAACGGAAUGUCUUGUGAAGCCACACGAAUGCAUCAUGGCGUCCGAGUUGGCACAUCUUUGUGAAGAAUCACUCAAAACGGGCCAGGUCGUUAAAGUGCCACAAAAGAAUUGAAAUGACGCUUGGUCCAAGAUGUCAUAUCUGUAGGGAUGCAAUGAAAAGCAAAACACCCAACUUUUUAAAUAUGUGUGAUGUCUUAUAAUAAGAAUAACAUUUAUCAAACGUACGUCAGUAGAGGAAAAACAUCGUGAGCUAGCGGUGGGUUUUUUUGUGUGUGUUUUUUUUGUUUGUUUGUUUGUUUGUUUGUUAUUGUUUUUUUGACAGCCGCUAGCCCAUCGGGCUACUGGUUUUGCAUUUGUCACUAGCCCUGUGUUAAAAAGCAAUAGCCCCGGGCGUCGGACUAACGGAUUUGUCGAACUCUAUCUUAUUGACAUGUGAGGAGUUUAACUUAUGUGAAAACAAUAUUUUUAAUACAAUAAAAUAUUUAUAAAAUGAA